AUGAUGGUUUUGGUCUAUGUGAGAAGAGUUUUGGAUCCAAGAAAGUCUCAGGUUAUUGCUUUUCUACUAACUACACUUGAUCUCACUACAAAAGAUGUUUCCCAUGCCCUUCGAGAUGGUCACUAUGAAGCGCUUGGAUUUGAGCUUCUUGAGAGUUUAUUAGGAGUGGCACCGAGUGAAGAGGAAGAGAGGAAGUUGAAGAGCUGUAGUGAUGAUGAGGAAUCAGUGAUCAAGCUUGCCCCAUCAGAGAGGUUUCUCAAGGAACUACUUAAUGUGCCUUUUGUGUUCAAAAGGGUUGAUGCAUUGCUCUUUGUUGCUUCUUUUGAUUCCAAGGCUGAACUCUUGAAACGAUCCUUUGGGGUUAUACAGGCUGCUUGUGAGGAACUACGGAACAGCAAAAUGCUAUUGAAGCUUAUUGAAGUUGUCUUAGAGACAGGAAUGAAGAGCGUGAAUGCUCAUGACUUCAAACUUGAGGCGUUGUUAGAUGGUGGAACCAGUCUCUUGCAUUCUGUUGUACAGAACAUUAUAGAAUCAGAAGGUAUCAAAGUGUUGUAA